CAGACAGAGUGUGUGUGUGUGUGUAUGUGUGUGGGUGUGUGUGUGAGAGAGAGAGAGACUGUGUGUGUGUGUGUUUGUGUGUGUGUUUGAGAGAGAGAGAGAGAGAGUGUGUGUGUGUGUGUGUGUGUGUGUGUGUGUGUGUGUGUGUGUGUGUGUGUGUGUGUGUGUGUGUGUGUAUGUGUGUGUGUGUGUGUGUGAACGGGGGACUCGGACAGCACUGCGCCCGCACAGGUUUCUCAGCUCCGGACGGCUGGAACACUGUGGGAAGCUGGACUCUGUUGCUUUGUUUUUACUUGGAAACGUUUUCUAUAAGACGAUCAGAAUAUCGUUAUUUUCUCCAGUGUGAUAUUUAGUGAUUAACACUGAACAGAGGCGUCUCUCAGUACCUGGACAUUUCCUCUUAUCCCGUUUCCAACGCUGUCCGGAUUGUCGCUGGACCCGGCACCACGGCCAUUACCGGGUUUUUUGGCGGCGUGCGCAAGGAAACCGACGCGUAACUGCCACCCAGCCCGGCAUCUUUACAGUGUGGGAUAAAUCCCUGCAGUCCAGUGGAGAUGAGUUUCAGGAGCGCGGAGAGUUGGCGCUGCGUUAACGGCACUUGCGCGGAGAAAGUUGAGCCUUUCCCGCCGCCGCUCUCUUCCACCUUCGCGCUCAUCCUCCUCGGCGUCGCGAUCGUCGGCAUCGUGGCGCUUUCUCUCACCACGCACCACUGCCACAAAGGCAAAAUGAAGAGGCGGAAGAUCCAGCGAGCCCAGGAGGAAUAUGAGAGGGAUCAGCUCAGCCCUGUCCCGACCGCAAGAAAUGCGGAUCGCUGCGUGAUCGCGCGUCCUGACGCCGGACGCACUGAACCUCCGCCUGGCCGUCAUGACACCGCCGCUUUAUCCGCGCACACCGGAGCCGUGGAGGCCGGAGUCCUCGAGGCUGUAGCUGUAUCACGAUAACAUGCACAUCUAAAACUAUAAGGGACUUGUGUAUGUCCUGGAUGCAUUGUGAAUCACCCAUCUGUAUUCCUCAUAACAUACGUGGGACAUGUCUGCAUUUUUGCGUUUUCUUCUCCUCUGUAGGAAAAGGAGUAAAAAAACCCAACACUCAUUUAGGCUAUGUGAAUAUGUUUUCCCUGCUUUCAAUAUAUUCAAUAGCCAUCUAUAUAUACUGCACUGUGUGUGGACAUUAAUGCUGUAAAGAAGUUGAACAUCUGGCCAGCUGUGGACUGUGAUCAACCUUGAGCUGCAGUUUUACAGAUUGCUGCUGUCCAAGGUGCUGAUCGUAUGAUACUCCACACUGAUUUGCCUCCUGCUCUAGAGCGUUUCUGAUGGACAAAUAAAGUUUUUUAUGUAAUACGAAUUGAAACAAUCUCCUUUUGAAUCCACUGAAGGGCUUUAAGGUCUGUACUGUAUGAAAAAUCAGCAUUGUUUUUGCCUAAACUUGCAUAAAGAGUGAGAAACGUGAGGAAGCUCCUGACAAGUGAUGGUUAAAAUAAUGUGAAUUGUUCUGACUCAUGUAUGUGUUUACUUAUUAAUUUGUCAUAUGUCAUUUUAGAAGUCAGCUUAAUCAGAGAGUCAAGCAGCAAUUAUACCAAACUUAUAUAAUAAGAAAUCAUUUGUACAUGACACGUUUACUGAAGUAUAACCUGCCCUGGCAGCACACUUAACCGGUUGAAAGAAAUGAAAGGAAAAUAGAGUCUGUGUUGAAAGAAAUAAUAUAAAGUUUUACUGUUGUUUUUCUAUUUUGGUUUUUUUGAAUAUUUUAUAGUGUAGUAAUGGAAGCUAGCUAUUGUAGUUGCAAAUUAUUCAUGCUAAAUAAAGGUUAUCAAACUAUGCACUUUGUAAAUGAUUCAUUAUGAAUUUCUGCCAUGGAAAUCUUACAUAGUCCUUCUUCUUCUUCUUCUUCUUCUUUUACAAAAAAAAAAAAAAAAAAAAACCCAGAAAAAGCCAUCCAAACAUUCUCUAUGCCACUUAUCCUACACAGAGUCAUGGGGUAACCUGGAGCCUAUCCCAGGGGACUCAGGGCACAAGGUGGGGGACACCCUGGACGGGGGGGCCAACCCAUCGAAUGGCACAAUCACACACACACACUCACACAAGACAGACAAAUGUGUGGUGAUAUUUUCCUGAUACAUCUGCAUACCUAAAAUCUAGAAGCCUUAAGGGUUCAUUGGUUGUACAUCUGGGGGAACCCAUAAGGUUCUAUCCAGAACCCUACAACUGAGUUAGAAAAAGUUCCAAGGUUCCAAGUCGAGCCUUGAUUUUCUUUAUAUAUAUAUAUAUAUGUACAGUCUAUUGUAUGUACAGUCUACUAAUAAUCUGUUUCCAAUUUGAUCUCAGCUUGAAAGUCACUAUUUUUAACUGGCUUAAAUUUCAGGAUUGAAGUCAUUUAUAAUGGGCAUCAGUUUGUGCUUUUAAUUUAAGUGAGCAAAACUAACAUGGCACAGAGCAUCAUCUGCAUAAUGAUGCUGCAAAUGCAUAAUGUCUACAAUAACUGUAUUAACUGUCUACCUAAAUAUACUACAAUACAAAUAUGCUAUGUGCAUUUUUCAUUUUAGCAGACUGUGAAUGUAAAUGUAGUAGAUUGUGAAUGAAUUCAAUCACCUGUAGCAAUCCAAAAUAAAAUUGUAAUUGAAUAAUUUCACAAGAAAUGAUAAUUGAUAUGUGACUCUUUUGAUAUUUGAGGAUGGUGUCUGCUAGUUUAUAAUGUGAAAGGCAGGUACAGGCAACACUCAGCCCUCUGCAGCCUCAAAGAAAAGCUCGUUAAUGAUUCCACGAAUCAGUACCCUUGGGACUUUGCCAAUAUUACUAUUCAUUUUUUAGCAUGAGGCAAGAAGUUAGCAAAAAAUCCCCUGCUACUCCAAAUGUCAAGGUUUUUGGAGGAUUUUAGAGGGUGAGACUUAAUUAUAAGUACUAUUCCAGUGCAGGGCCUGGAAUUACCCAAAACCCUUCUCAACCCUUACAGUUACAUAACAGGUUAAAGCAGGGUAAACAAGGCUUCAUGAUCCAAUAUUGCCAGCAGAUCUUUUUUCUGUUACAACAUGCCACAUACCAUUCCACUCUGCUGUAGAUAUGAUUCUUUUACCUUUGGGCAAAAAAGCUAUUUUGGAAUAAAGUUUUCACCUGCCUCUCACAGUCAAACCCAAGCUGAUUUAUGAGAGCAGGUACCCUUCAUGGCAAACAACGUUCUUAAUGUUUCUUUUGGUAUCAUAAAUCCCAAGGUGAGAUUCCAAGAGUCUGUCAAUCAAGCUGUUUUUUGAUUUAGGCAGUAUAAUAGGGCACUUUUUAGUUUAAAAGUUUAAACAGAAACAGCUCAACUGUAUUCAGGCCAUGGGUUGUUGAGUCACUCCUAACAUGUCUGAGGCAGAUCAGUGCCU